UGGUGAACAUACAUACAUAAAAAAAAACAUACAUACAGACGAAUUGAGAACCUCCUCCUUUUUUCGAAGUCGGUUAAAAACAGAUUAACUCACAGCAAGUAACAUGGUGCAUGACACACAGGAGGCAUCAAUCCUUGAAGAUAAAAUAAUUUUUGUUUCAGGAGAUUCAACUAACUCCACAAGACCAGUGCCUGAGCCAAUGGAGAUAGAAGGAACGGCUAGUUCUACAACGUCGCUUGCUCCUUCAAUACAAUCACAAACUCAGUGUGAUACUUCCUGCUCUACGAGUGCAGUGCCAUCCUGCUCUACUAGUGCAGUAGAUGUUUCCACCAAACCUUUGAUGCGAACACGAACCCUGCGUUCACAAAUGUCGCAGGAUGAAAUAAAAAUGGGUCGAACCAUAAAAAUGUUACAAAAAAAGAUGCGGUAUCUACUGACACAGCAAAAAUCAUACAAGAAGAGAUUGUCAGUAGCCAAGGAAGUCAUAAAAUCGACUUCAUUCGACAGUUUAACAAAAAAAAUGACUAAAACGGCUAAAACAUUUGUAGAAAUGCAAAUGACACAAGCUUCCAAACAGAUGCGUGGAAGGCGGUUUACUCUAGAACAAAAAAUAUUGGCGCUGUCUGUAUACAAGAGCAGCCCAAAGGCAUAUAGAGUGUUAAGCCAAAUCUGUAUUUUGCCAAAGCGCAAGACACUGCAAUGUUUACUACAAAAGAUCACGCUGACUCCGGGCAUAAAUAAAAAGAUGUUUGAUCAUUUAUCAAAAAGAGUCAAGAAAAUGCCUGAUAACCAUAAAUAUUGUGCAUUCAUUUUCGAUGAAAUGGCAAAUCUCCCCACGUGGAUUUAG